AUGAGGGAGAAUCAGACAUGGGUCACAGAAUUUGUUCUAUUGGGAUUCCAACUCGGCCCAGAGGUGCAGGUGCUCCUCUUGGGACUGGUCUCCGUGUGCUACGCCUUAACACUUCUGGGGAACGGGGCCAUCGUGGGCCUCAUCUGGCUCGAUUCUCGGCUGCACACCCCCAUGUACUUCUUCCUCUCACACCUGGCCAUUGUGGACUUAUCCUAUGCCUGCAACACGGUGCCCCAGAUGCUGUCGACAAGAAAAUCUCUCUCCUUCAUCUCCUGCAUCAUGCAGACCUUUCUCUACAUAGCGCUUGGUCACACUGAGUGCCUCCUCUUGGUCUUAAUGUCCUAUGACCGCUACGUGGCCAUCUGCCACCCCCUUCAUUACUCGGUCAUGAUGAACUGGAGAGUGUGUACUGUCCUGACCGCCUCUUCCUGGGUAUUCGCUUUCCUCCUGUCUCUCGUCCACAUGGUUCUCCUCCUCAGGCUGCCCUUCUGUGGGCCUCACGAGAUCAACCAAUUCUUCUGCGAGAUCCUGGCUGUCCUCAAGCUGGCCUGCGCGGACACCACGCUCAACAAUAUCGUCAUCGUUGUGACUUGUGUCUUCAUCUUGAUGAAGCCCUGCUGCUUGGUGCUGGUGUCCUACACGCGCAUCCUCACGGCCAUCCUGGGGAUCCAGUCCGGGGAGGGCCGCAGAAAGGCCUUCUCCACCUGCUCCUCCCACCUCUGCGUGGUCGGGCUCUUCUUCGGCAGCGCCAUCGUCAUGUACAUGGCCCCCAAGUCCCGCCACCCCGAGGAGCAGCAGCAGAUCCUCUUCCUGUUCUACAGCUUUUUCAACCCGAUGUUGAACCCUCUGAUCUACAGCCUGAGGAAUGCUGAGGUAAAGUGGGCCCUGAGGAGAGUGCUGUGGAAACAAAGACAUAGCUGA